CCGCAACAACUCAGCUACACAGAGAGAGCUCAAGAGCUCAGGAGCUCGAGGGAGAGUGUUCAGCCAGACGACUACAUGGAGCAGCGAUGAUUUCCAAACGACAAACGCUGCAGGCGCGGCAUGCUCGCCCACGGUGAGGUUCGGCAGGCAGGCUUCGUGUGCCUCGCUAAUCCUUCCAGGAUCGCCCAGACGCGGGCAGGCGGUAGACUAGGGCAGAGACAGAUUUGGCACCCCGACUGAUUUCCGAAGGCUGGGUAGUAGCUGUUUCUUUUCAGGAGCUAGCUCUUCUAGGAAGGGGUGCAUGAUGGUUAAAGAUGAUUUCUUGACCGCAUGUUCCCUCUCUGCCUCGCUUCUGCUCCUCCGCAAUAUUCCUUACUCCAUCCACAACUUCCCUACCAGACGACACCAUACAGAUUCACGGUUUGAAGCCUACGAGACGUGACACCGCCUGCAAAGCACACACUACUCUCAACUGAGCACCACGAGUACCAUGGCGCCUAUCCAAACACAGACGAUUACCCCUCAUCAAUUCAGCAACCCAGUCACUGUCAUUCGAGCAUCAGGACGCAUAUCCAAGCCGCCAGCACGAUCAACGCGUACACAAACCAAGGCACUGUUGUCUCAUUCGCCACAAAUACCUACCGCACACCCAGACAUCGACAUCAGUCUGCUCCGUAACAAGUUGCUUCUUCAGUGCCGCCAGUACAUCCCUUCAGAGCUUCUCCACGAAGCACUGGCAGACGGCAUCUACUCACGCGCGACACACUGGAUCACGCCCUCUUCCAACGCUGCCUCGAAGUUCGGCAAGCGAAAACGCUACUACGUCUUGCAUAGCGCGAACUUCACCUUCCAGUCCAUGGGCAGCGCGUGGGAAGCGCGGAUUCUAUCUAGAGGCAGCCAGCCAAUCGAUGCAGGAAACGGAGUAGUCGUAUUCGUCAAGGAGAGGAAAGAAUGGGACGCAUUCAUGGCGGGGUACAGAAGGCAAGGAAAGCGAGCGGGGCAGCUGAUGAGGCUCAAGCAAAAGGACACGGAGCGAGGGUGGAGAGAUGCGUGGAAGAGGAAGUGCGGGAUGGAGGAGAGUGGCGGCAAGGAAGUCAACGCUGGGCCAAUGUGGGUGCUGGUCAAGAGCGCUGUUUCGAAGAUUGUCAGAGGUGAGGCGUGAGCUUGCAUUCUGGGCCCCGGAACAGAGUGGGGGCUGCAUCUGCUGGCGUUUGGCCUUGGAUCUUCUUUUUUAGCGAGCAUAUUUUCACGACCUUAUGAACGGCUGGAGCGGUAAGCGCGGAGAACGCUUGGAUGCUUUUUCCAGUCUUUGCGUAGAUACCUUCUCCCACAAUGAAUGACACAACCAUAUGAAAACUCGGUCGGCAGAUUCGCGCUCUUUGCAUCAUGUGUGUGCUCCUCCAGCUCGCAGUGAAGCGGCGCUCCACACACUAGCGAGUGGGUGGCGCGCCCCGGUCAAGUCGAUCCCUGAGGCUCAAACACGGCCCGUGCUCGGUUCUAACUCCGUCUUAGCCCCGGCCACUUGAUGCCACGGUUG